UCAUCUUACCAACUAUCUAGGAUUUCCAAACUACCUUGUCCAACAUCUCGACAUCAAAGGCUAACGAAGAAUCAGGGGAAUGUUGUUCUAUCCGGUUUCGGCGGCCUUGAACAUUUUCUGCAACAUUCUCCUGGAUCCGCUCAGCCCAUCGGUAGCAGGAGACUUGACACUUAUCAGCUCCGCGUCAGAAUUGAUCAAAAAGCUCAUCGAGAGGUCACCAGGCGGCAGGAAUGCGACUUGGCUCCCUUGCUUGAACACUUUCAUCGUCGAGUUGGUCCACCUGGGACAGUCUUCCGUGAACCGGGCCAAGAACGGAAGCGCACAGGUCUAAAUUAAAUACACCGGUCUACCUAGUCUAACCUCGUCUAGAAGAAACAAAAAAA